AGUCAAGAUGCGCUGAGGUUCGGAGCUUUAGGCGGGUAACUGGGCGGUUCGGGCUGUUGAGUCACGUCCUGCUGAGCCCGCAGGGAGAACCGGGCAUGCUGCCGCCUGCACCGACCGGAGGGAGCCUCCUCUUUGUUUCCUCACCCCGCCUGAGGCCGCCGCUCCUUGCGCCUCAUCCCGGGCUUCAGAUCCAUACAAACUGCCGCUACUUAACACGAACUGGGCCGGUGGGCUUCAGAGAGUCUGACCUCACACUUCCUUCUUCCACUAAAGUUUAAAUGAUAAUAAAAACCAAAACCACGGAGUUCCUCCAGUCAGUCCCUGAUCUGCAGGCUCCGCCCACUUACCUGGGACAAGGUGAGACAGGAGAUGUGGGGGAGGAGAGAGAGGAGCAGCGGAGAGGCAGAGCGCGCGGCAGGAUCUGGACCCACCUGGACUCUACGGCCAGGCUGAGGUGGAGCGAGGAGGUUCGGACCAAACCGGGCCGGGUCGGGCCGACCCGAGGCUGAGGAACAUCAACGCCCCAACAGGUGAGAACCCAGGAAGUCAGACUGUUCUGCGUCAGAGCAGAACCUCUGAGGCCCGGUGAGGGGUAACUGGACCUGAAGGUUCUGGAUGACAAAGAGUCUUUGUUUGCGUUCUUUAAGUGAGUAAAUAGAUUCUUUUGGGUCCUGGGAAGGCUCUCCUCUGGUCCAGGUGUGGGUGAUGAGUCUGCUGAGACCCAGAACCUCAGAGCCGGUUCUGGAGCUGGUUCUGACUGACGAAGGUCAGAGACUUUGAGUCAUGUUUGUUCUGAAGUUUCUGAGAUUAGGUCGGGAUUUUCUGAGAUCGGUCAGAAUGAUUCAUUCUGUCAGACGGGUUCUGUGAUGAUGAUGAUGAGUUUCAUCAUCUUCGUCGUCUCUCUGGUUCUGGACUUUGUCCCGAAUCAUUCUGCUGCUGAUCUUCAUCACAUCCACAGAGACUCGUUACUCAUCUUCAUCAUCCAGAAACAUUCACAUUUUGGCGCCGAUCCAAACCAAUCAGAACCGAUCCAAACUGAUCCAAACUCUCACCUAACAGUCCGUAAUGAGCCGAGUCAGAUUACCGGAACCAGAACCGUGAACCCAGCCUGUACUUCAGGCUGAAGGAAGCCAGGACAGAACCCACCAAUCUCUGCAGAACCGGGUCGGGAUUCAAACCCAAAACAUUCCAGCAGAGCCGCCUGAGCCACUAACAAGCGGUCCAAACGGGCCGCUUUAGGACAACAGGCAGAUCAAAUCUGAGCUUCUUAAAGCCACAGGUCAGAUUUUUGGAGAUUCUGUGGAGAAGCUGUGAGUCGUGAGCGUCUUCCAUGAAUUGGAUCAGAACCUGAAUGAAUCCUGGUUCUGAUGACAGACUGACACCAAAUGGGUUCAGUCACAAAAGUAUUUACACCCUGUGAAGUGAGCCGGCUUCCCUCCCAGACAGGAAGUGCUUACAGUCAAACGGACUCGGGUUCUGGAAGAAUGUGGUUCAGAACCGAUCCGAUCUCUGGUAAUACAAUCUGGUUCUGAGGUCAGAGGUCAGCUGCAAACACUCCAGAUUCCUGCAGUCACUGAUGCAGACAGGUGAGAUCUCACCCGGGCUGCUUGGUCGGUUUAAGGAUUGGGUCAUGUGACCCGGUUCAGGUGAGUCACCUGAACAGGAAGAGCAGCCGCCACUUCUCCGCCUGCCUUCAGCGUCUCAUCAUGUUUCGGCCCGGCUGGCGUCACGCCUGCUGUUUUCCCCUUCGCAGCGCCGCUUCCCGUCGCUUCCCCCGGGUCCGGUCCGGCGGCCGGCGCUGCGUUUCCGUGGCGAUGUUCCGGCGCAGGAAGAAGAAGUACCGGCUGGAGAUCUCGGCGCCGCGGGACUUCCAGCACCGCGUCCACACGUCCUUCGAUGUCUCGACGGGACGCUACGUGGGUCUGCCGGCGCAGUGGCAGAGCGUCAUCGACACGCUGAGGAGGCCACGCCCCCUGGUGGACCCGUCCAGGAUCACCAACAUCGAUCUGGAACCCAGAAAGCAGACGAUCGUUCGCGGCAGCUUCAUCGGCCAUGGCGACUACAUCAGUCACGUGAUCUCUGAGAUGAGCCGCGUUUCCGUCACCAGCUCCAACUCGCUGCGCCGCACCAGCCCGUCGGCACGGAAACGCGCCCAGUCAAUGGGCCGGCUGGGAGAAGUGGCGGAGGACGAGUCGUACCACUACCUGGAGAUCAGCCGGCGGAGCAGCAGCGUGAAGGCCGGCGGCAGCGCCACCUACUGGCAGGACCGCAUCCGGCAGGUGCGCAGCGAGAGCGGCAGCCCCAGGGCGAACAGGAACCUGCAGAGAACCAAAUCCAGCAGCCAGGUGAGCUCUGUAUCUGAGGCCGCUCCGCUCAGCCCCACGUCGCCUCAGAGGACGACCUACACGCCUGAACCCAGCGUCCGCAACGGCGGCGUCGGGCUAAAGCAGAGGCCGACCUCCUACCACCAGGCGGCAGAGACCGGCAGGCCUCAGCUGAGACCCAGAGCCGGAGCCAAUCACCUGCCGGACCUGCUGUCCUCUUCCACAGAAACCCCCAGGAGGCCGCAUUCGACCUAUGACCUCAAGCCGCCAUUUUCUCGCCCUCGGCUGCCUCCGCCCAACAGCACCAGCAGUCCCGUCAUCACUGGCAGAGUGCUGCCCCAACCUUCACCCCGCCCUUCCACAGGGGUCGAUGUUUCUACCAAACGCGCCUCAACGCCGCCGCAGACGAGCCUCGCUCAGCCGAGCCGCCCCCCUUCCUCCACGCCUCCUGCCGCCCCGGACAGAGCGCCCCAGAAGGUGACCCACGAGCAGUUCAAGGCGGCGCUGGAGAUGGUGGUGGACCCGGGCGAUCCCAGGGUGACUCUGGAGAACUUCAUGAAGAUCGGGGAGGGCUCCACCGGCGUGGUGUGCAUCGCCCGGGAACGGCACAGCGGGCGCCAGGUGGCGGUGAAGAUGAUGGACGUGAGGAAGCAGCAGCGCAGGGAGCUUCUCUUUAACGAGGUGGUCAUCAUGAGGGACUACCAGCACCCCAACGUGGUGCAGAUGUUCCGCAGCGCGCUGGUGGGGGAUGAGCUGUGGGUCAUCAUGGAGUACCUGCAGGGCGGCGCUCUCACACACAUCAUCGGUGAAACCAGGCUGAACGAGGAGCAGAUAGCGACGGUGUGUGAGGGCGUCCUGCAGGCGCUGUCCUACCUCCACUCUCAGGGCGUCAUCCACCGAGACAUCAAGAGCGACUCCAUCCUGCUCACGCUGGACGGCAGGAUAAAAUUGUCCGACUUCGGUUUCUGCGCUCAGAUCAACACUGACGUCCCAAAGAGGAAAUCUCUGGUCGGGACUCCGUAUUGGAUGGCUCCCGAGGUCAUCUCCAAAACGCCGUAUGGCACAGAGGUGGACAUUUGGUCCCUGGGCAUCAUGGUGGUGGAGAUGGUGGACGGUGAGCCUCCAUACUUCAACGAAACACCAAUCAGUGCCAUGAAGAAACUGAGAGACGAAGCGGCGCCAAGUGUCAAGAACAUGCAAAGGGUUUCUCCGGUGCUGAAGGACUUCCUGGGCUGCAUGCUGACACGUGACACACUGCAGCGCAGUGGCGCCGCCGCCCUGCUGCAGCAUCCCUUCAUGCUGCAGGCCGCCGCGCCGCGCUGCCUAGUGCCGCUGGUGGAGCAGCACCGCAAACGCAUGUCGCUCUGCUGAGCCUCACCUGGAGCCACAGACUGGAGGAUCCUCAGGUGGGUCACACCUGAGACUCACCUGGGAUCACACCUGAUGCUUCAGGAUAUACAUAAUACACCUGAGACCACAUUAAAGACUAACCUCAGGAUUCACCUGGAGCUUCAAAAGGACCACAUGUUUUCUUUCUACUUUUAUUUUUUUCAUUAAUUUUUUUACUUUUAUUUUCUUUUUCAUUUUACUUUUGAUUUUAUUUUUUUAUUUUAUUUUUAUAGAGAUGUUGAGGAACCUUUUCAGUGUUUCAGGCAGGAAAUGGAAGGGAGGCGACGUGCAGCGAAGGUCCGGAGGUCAGGGGUCAAACUCCAGAUUACUGCUUCCAGGAUAAAUAUCCUCUGAACUCGAAGCGGCGGCUGCUGCAGCUGAUUUUAUUUUUUAUAGACUUCAACCUGAAUUUGAGCUUUUAAAACAUUUCAUGUUCUUUCUAAUUUUGCAGCUCUAAUUCUUAAAUUUACAUUUUCAGUUAAAAUAAAAACAGUUCCAAACAAACUGGAAUAAAAUAAAUCAGGUUUUUAUUCUGAUUUCAGAUCAAAUCACAUUUCAUGUUGAUCUAAUUAACAAACAGCUGAGAAAUUAAACAAUAAUUUCUCCUAUCAUCAGAAAUAUUUCAGUUUAUUUGUAAUUAUAUUGAUUUAUUGUUAACAUUUGCACUUGUUCACAUUUUGAUGUUUGUGAGCUUUUUUUUAAAUAAGGGAAAUGUUGAAUAAAUAUCAGUGUUCUUCUGUCAGAUUGUCAAUUUCUGCUUAAGUUCUGCUAUUUUAUGAGCAAUAUUACAUUAAACCAAAAAUGAUUUAAUUUUCAUUAAUAAACCAUCAGGUUAGACUUAUAAGUGAAGCAGGAGCAACAUGUAUGGAGAGCCAUUUUAGUCAAAAUUAACAAAUACUCAACCAAAUCAUGAAAUAAAAACAAAAUAAAUAUUUUUUAAAUAUAUAUUUUUUAAUUUGGGAGCUUAAGUUGUCAAAGUUAAUUUAUUAAUUUAUUUAUGUAAUUUUGAAGAAAAUGGGUUUCCAUAAACAUUUGAGUCUAGAUGUUCAUUCAACACUGAGGAUUUAAUUCCAUUUAAAAAACAGAUUUAUCUCAUUAUGAUGCUGAUGUUUGAUAUAAAUUAUAAACAUGAACAUUUUCCACUUACAUCUCCUAACAAAAGUUAGGAGGAUGUAACACCCUCUCAGUAUUUUCCUCUUUUGUUCGAUUAAAACCACACAUUUUGAUCUCCAGCUCAGAUUGGAUGGAGAACAUCUGAAUACGUCACUUUCUAAGUUUCACCACAUAUUCUGCAGAACAUGUUCAUUUAUAUUCCUGCACAGCUGAACUCUACUGCCACCUGCUGGAGCGGCAUCUUAAUGACACAUUUUCAGGUCUGUGUGAGGUCAAACUGGUGACCUCUUCUUUUUAGGACAUAGAGGAGGAACUCAGGAUACUGGAAUGUUGAAGUUUAAGGGGGUUUAAACGAAUUAUGUUUUAUUUUAAUAAAUCAACAGUGUGGUCAUUGCAUCAAAUUUUCUGCCAAGUUCAGAGAAUCAAAUGUUUGUUUGGUUACUUCAGAUCGUGAACUAAGGCAGAAAUUCACACAUUUCCUGAUCAGGUUGGGUUGAUUUCUGGGUUUCUUCUUGUGAAUAACAAAAUCUCUGAUCCAAUAAACAAUCCCUUGGUUUCGUAA